AUGGAGAUCAACCCAAACAAUAUUAUUGGACUAUUAUCCCAAGUAUUUCCUGAUUCAAACAACAAAACACCAGUUAAUUCGACUGAACGUAAAUUGGCUCAAUCGCUUGCUGCAGCAAUAAAUAAUUGGAAAGAGGCUGAUGAAGUUGGGGAAGAGGUUUUGGAGGAAGCUGCUGAGAACGUAAAGGAGGAACUGCUUUCGAUUGAGGACGAGUUGGCAGAAGAGUCAACAGGGCAAGAGGAGACAACCGAAAGGGAAGAUAGUGGCGAUAUCAAUGAUUCUGUUGGAGAAAUAAAUGAUCAGAAAUGUGAUGAUUCUCGACAAGUUUUGGACGAAACUGCUUCUCUAAAUGAAAAUAAUGAAGAGGAUGAUUCACUUUCGAUUGAAGGGAAUUUGUCACAAAUUUCAACUAAUCAGGAUGAGCCAAAUGAAAAUAGAGAGAAUGUUGGAAUUUUUAGCUCAUUUGAAACGAUGGGAUUGAAGACUGAACUUCUUCGUGGAAUUUAUUCUUAUGGUUUUGAGAAACCUGCAGCCGUUCAGCAACGUGUUAUUAAACAAAUUAUAAUUGGUCGUGAUGUUAUUGCUGUAAGUCCUCCUGGCACUGGAAAGACUGCUGGUUUUAUUAUUGGUUUACUUCAGUCAAUUAUAUAUGAUGCUCGCGAAACUCAAGCCCUUGUAUUGGCACACACUCGUGACAAUGCCGUGAACAUUCAGAAGACAAUUUUGGCUAUUGGUGACUACUUCAAUGUACAGUGCCACGCGUGUGUCGGAGGCACUAAUAUUCAUGAGGAUAGGCGCAAACUUGAUUAUGGACAACAUGUUGUUACUGGAACGCCUGGACGAAUUUUGGAUAUGAUUUAUCGUCGUAACCUGCGUACUCGUUCAAUUAAAUUAUUGAUUAUUGAUGAGGCUGAUCAAAUACUAAAAAGCCAACUUAAACAUCAAAUUAAUGACAUUUAUCGUGUUAUUCAACCAAAUGUUCAGGUUAUUUUUGUUUGCUCAAAAUUGACACCAGAUUUGGAGGAAAUGGCAAACAAAAUGAUGAUAGAUUCAGUCCGUAUUGCGCUUAAAAGUGAAUUAAAAAAUGUGCAUUUUUAUAUAAAUACAAAUCCAAAAGAAUCGAAACAUGAAAUAUUGGGAGAUUUUAUUGAAACAAUGAUGCGUGUUACACCUGUAAUAUUUUGUAAUACAAUAACAACGCUCAAUUUUUUAAAAGAAAAAAUGGGCGGUGAAAUAAAGAAUUGUUUUUGUUUGCAUUCUUUGUUGAAGAGAAAGGAGAAAUUUGAAAUUUUAAAUAAUUUUCGUAGUAGUAGUAAGGAAAGGUUCGGAUGUAAAAUUUUUAAAAGUAUGCAUGAAAGAUUGGACGGGGUGAGAAACAUGUCGUGCAAGAGCGUAGAUUAUCCUCACAAUUUUUCCUCUUUUCCGUCAUUUCGGGGGGAUCAGGGGUUCGAAAUUUUCUUUAUUACGCAUCUAAUCUUUUGUCAGCAAGUAGUUUUCCAUUUUUUGAAAACUUGCUGA